UAGUUAGUUUUCAUGCAGCGACUUAACUAGCGAGAUGCGAAUUUUGUGGAUUGCAGCUAUAUCUGUCUCGUGGCAAUUUUCAGAUGCCCAUUUUUUUAUGCCCAACUUUCUUUGUAUUCCACCAUUUGUUGCCAUUAAUGGAAGUUGCCUGAUUCCACCCAUCACUAAGCCCUUGAUCCCGCCCUGUUUGAAGAAUCCUCAAAACUUAAACUUAUUUCCGGAAAAUCGCAAAAUAGUUACCGUUAGUCCCUGGAAUUUUUUGCCAGAAGAUGACGAUAGUAUCGGAAAAAACAUUUCUGAAGAUAAAGAGCCUUCUCUUCCUAUCAAAGUUCCAGUAAAGCCUAUUACGCAAAAUUCUCCAAGUGCAGGAGCAGUUGAAGGCGGUAAUAAACACCAAAGAUUAAAACCGAGUGUUCCUGCAAAUAAACUACCUAUUGAGACUUCAGUAAAUCCUUCAAAUCCGGAACCCAAGGAAACCAUUAUUAGAAAGCCUGAAGAGUCUAACCAAAACAAAAGCAAUCCUGGACAAGUACCAAAUGAAAGCAAACACCCGGAAAAAGGAUCUAAUACAGGCAGUAAAUUAAAACCGAUACCUGGCACAAGGCCGGGAAAUCCAUCAAUGAAUCCCAAAAUUUCUCAAACCCAUGAAUUAGGCAUUGGUAUUUUGCCAUCCAAAAAGCCAACGAAAAUUCCUCUACCCCCUGCUUUGCCUUCGGAUUUGCGUCUGCCUAAAGAUCCUUCGAUGCCUGAUACGGUACCCGUAACAGAUCUUACAAUUCCUGACGCAGACAAAUUGACUGAUGGUAUAUUACCAUCCAUAGAUUUACCACGUGAUUUGCUUACACCAGAAGUGCCUUCGAAUCCAAAGGAAAUAUCAAAAAUCGAGCCGACAAAUCCCAUAAUUCCAGAUACGGAUGAAAUAAUAAAUCGUUUAUUGCCAUCCGAACGACCGAAUCAAAUACAAUUGCCUGGGAUUCCUGGGUCAAAACCGCCGAUGCUUCCAAAAAUAGCUAAACCGGAUCAUUUGAUAAAUGGUAAAUUACCCUCCAGAGAUUCGAUCGGUAAACAACACCCAUCUAAAAAUCGAAAAACUCCUAAUACUGAUGAAGUAAAUCGUUUGUUGCCAUCCGAACGGCCAAAUCAAAUAACAUUGCCUGGGAUCACUGGUGUAGGAUCAGAAACUCAACCAAAGGUUCCACCACUUCCUGUCACAGAUAAUUUGGUAGAUCCACUAAAACCUCCAAAAAUCCCCUUACACAAGAUUCCUGGGUCGAAACCGCCGAUGCUUCCAAAAAUUCCUAAUACGGAGCAUUUGAUAAAUGGUAAAUUACCCUCCGGAGAUUUGAUCGGUAAACAACACCCAUCUAUAAAUCCAAAAAUUCCCGAUGAUAAUGAAGUAAUAAAUGGUUUGUUGCCAUACGAACGGCCGAAUCAAAUACAAUUGCCUGGGAUAACUGGUGUAGGAUCAGGGACACAGCUUAUAGAUCCCACGCUGCCUGGCACAGAUAAUUCGGAAGAUCUACUUAAACCUCCUGGAAUCCCCCCACUCGAGAUGCCUGGGUCAAAUCAGCAGAUACAUCCGAAAAUUCCUAAAACGGAUCAUUUGAUAAAUGGUGAAUUACCCUCCGCAGAUUUAAUCGCUAAACCAGACCCACCCAAAAUUAACUUACCUGGGAUGCCGAAAAUAAUUGAUCCCAAAAUUCCCAAAAUGAUUAGACCUGAAGACCUAUAUCCGAAAGAGAUAAAUAUCUAUCAGCUUUUACCCAAGGACAUAUUUUACUGAAGCCAAUAUUUUCAGUGGUGUUUAAAAAUUGUUAUAUUUUUUUACAAACCGAACCUGGUUUAGUUGUGCAUUGAGGGAUAAUAAUAAAAAAAUGAAUAUUCAAAUAA